AUGCUAUAUUUCCCUAGGAAGGUAAAAGAGCUUCACAUAGAAACAAUAGAGCUGGAGAAGCAGAAUCAGGAGAUGGAGCAAAAGUUAAACCAACUACGGCAGAGCAUGAGUAGAGAGAAAGAAGAACGCGAGAGAUCAAAUGGAUAUUAUUGGAAAUCUGGCCAAGUUGGACAUUUUGGUAGUCAAAAUAAAGAAAACAUUGGAAAGAUAUCUUCUGGAAGAAUAAAGUUGAAAGUCCUUAAAGACCAGAUAGAAGAAACAGAGAAAAGGAAAGUAGUUGCUACAUCUACCAAGAUCCCAUCUGCCGAAAGAACUAAAAUAAAAGGGAAAACUUGUGGACAAUGUGAAAUGAAGACUGCUUUGCUGAUGUGCGUGGAGUGUGGAGAAGAUUAUUGUCCUUCAUGUUUUGCUAAAAUUCACCAGAAGGGGGCAUUGAAGCUACACAGAACUAUGCCUGUCAAGUGGAAGUCUCCGACUGACAAAUUAGAUGCUUCAUAUCAACCGAAAAAAGAACAGAAUUUUGAUGAAUCAAGAGAAAAGCUUGGUGCAGACAAAGAGAUCAGUAGCAACAUGGUCUCAACUGCUACCUUUUCGUCUAUUCAGAAGCAGAAAAUCAAUGAGCAGGCAGACUUUUUUGUGCCAACUAAACCUUUGGUGAACAAUGAUCAGUCAUUACUUCAUGGGACAUUUGAUGAAGAAGAAUCUUCAAAGUCUUUUAAAGAUGCCGUACUAGAAUGGAGAAAUGGUUAUCAUGGUUACCAAUCAAAACAGUCUGAAUCUGAAACAGACUGCACUGGAAAUUCAGAAACUCAAACAGUCCUGACAGGGGCUACAAAUUCAUUUGAAGUGGAAUUUAAAGACAAUGGCCUCAAAUACAUGGAGAGACUAAUGCUUAAAAAACACAGAAGAACUCCUAUUGAUUAUGUUACCAAGACUGAUAACUACAGAUCUUCUCGCACCUCAGUCCCUGAAUUCAAUGAUACACAGGCCCUGACAGCUGAUGAAAUGGAAGACCAUGAAUAUUUUGUAGAGUUGUUCAAGCCAAAAGAAGAUGUCAGAACGGAAGUGAUACAUGAACCAGCUUUAAAGAUUAUGGAAUUAGUUGAGCCUCCAGAAGAUCACCUAGAAGAAUCUAGAAGUUUUUUGGUAUCAGAGGAAGAAACUGACGUGUGCACUCAACAAUACUUUAUACCAAAUCCGCCUGAUAGGAUGCUUCAGCCACUUAUUAACUCUAAUUUCACACAAAAAAUUUCAUGGGAAAUUUGGACCAACAUUGUGUCAAAACAGUCAACAGCUACAAGUAAAAUCUUUGAGAAAGAAAGCAAGAAGAAAAUGAUGUUGGAACUACAUGCUAUAAUUCUGUCUGAGUACCAUAAAGUACAACGUAUUCCUAGAGGUUUGAGGAUGUCUACAUGUCCUACUCUUUUUUCUGAUCGAAAAGAAUAUACUGAUAAAUUUGAGAGCAUUCUGAAUAAAUGUUCUUUUGACCUGAUUACAUGGACUGUUGAAUUUGCACAAAGAGAGAUCGAUAUAUAUAAAGCACAGAUUAACCAACAGAAAGAACAAAUGGUUAAAAACUUACUUCUUGAUGAAUAUAAAAAAGUUGUGAUGGAGGUGGAAAAGUCUGUGAGUGAUUACAGGAAACACCUGGAGAGCAGAAAACGGACGAAAUUCAUCAGAGAUGAACAGGACUACAGCCAUGGAACAGUCUACAGAUGGCACCAGAGUACAGGUUUUGCCAGGAGGGGAAAUUAUGCUGCACGAGAUCGUGGAGGAUGUAAUAAGCAGAUGCCGAUACAAGAAGAUGCCAAUAGCAGCCUGGAAUCAUCUGACGUUUUUUUGACCGAGGACUCAGACGCAGAUUCCAUUGCGGCGGCAGGAAACACAAGAGGCGGCACUUCCGGCAGGCCGAUGACGUCAGAGCGACAACGGACACGCCGAGCGAGAGGAGCACAAUGGGGCCAGUACCGUUUUCCAGAUACAGAUGUAUGCUCUUUUAUUAAAAAGUCUGACACUUCACCAGUCCGAACAACUGCUAAGAGAAAAAACAUUCCACAGCAUUCAACUUUUUCUGUUACUAGAGAAAAUGCAGCCCUUGCUGAAGAUGUCACUGCAAUAAAUGUAGAAAAGGAAGAAGAUCAACUUCUUACAACAUCACGGUUGACGGACAGCAAAUCAAUGAAAUACAAUGGCUCUAAUGACAACCACAGUUUGGAUACAGCUGGAGUUGUAAAUUUGUCCAAGGAACUUCAGAGCAUUGCUCUUAGAGGAGAAAGUGCAGCUGUGCAAUAUUAUGGUCUUAAAGGGUUUUUUGUCUUGGAUGUGGACCCAAAGGAAACAAUACAUGAUCGUACACCCUUACAAACCAUUAAACAAACUGCAACUGAAGAGAUCUUCUGCAGAGAUGGCAGCCGAUGGAGGCCGGAAAGUAGUUUAAGUGAAUGUGCAGAUAAGUCAGUUGUUGAUAACAUAGUAACAAAUAUUCAAAUUCAAUAUCCAAAGCAUUUAGUAGAGCACAUGUCUAGCCCUAUGCAAGCUAAUCAGAGAAUGCAAAAGCCACUAACAGUUUUUUCUUUUGUUGUUGAAUAUGGUCAUAUUUUAGUGAGUCAAUCACCAAGAUCUUAUUCAUCCAAAACACGUUCCCAGAAGAGGUCAGAAUUGUGCCAAAUUUCACAUACCAGGAACGUCAUAACACGACCAGUAUCAAGAGCAGCAAGUGAGAUUUCAGAAAUAGAGUCCAUUGACUUAACAGAGCAAGAUGACCCAUUAUUUGAAGAUCAUGAAGAAAGAAAAACAUUGUCCAUCCUAGAAAAAGAGUUGCAUGCAUUAAGAGAUGACUUGGAUAAAAAGAAAAAACAGCCUCAGGAGCUUGUUCCAUCUGUCAGGUCCAGCAAAAAAUGUACAGAAUUUAGUCAAAAGAAACAAGUAAAGGAACACACAAACACAGAUUGGUUACCCAAGCGUGCUAUGGAAUCUCUGCAAAGCUGCGACGUAGAAACGGAAUCAGAUGAUGAUAAAGAGAGUCUGCAGGAUAAACUUAAUGUGUUGUCUCUGCAAUAGCCUUUAACUUCACAAUGCCAGAGAAAUUGUGGUACCUUCAUACAUUAUGUAUCAAUUUGCUUAGUUUCUAAUCAGUCAUGUGUGUGUAUCUAUA